GAACUGACAACAUCCGGCAUUUCCGGCCGUAGAUUUUCAGCUGGCCUAAUCGUGUCUAAUAACUGCAUGAUUUGAUAAACAUACCAUGCAUACAGCCGAAUAAGGGCGAUAUAUUCGUCAAAUUCUUGGCGUAUUGUCGCCCUGUCAUCACUGUGAUCUUAGUCGACUUAAGAUUGAUAUAGGCCUAGUCUAGUUACUCUAAAAGAUGUGACUGAUGAUGGGCCCCGUGAUGGGCCUGUCGUGUAAUGUUUUGAGUGUUUCCAGUUUUGUCUCGAGAGUGUUCUCAGUUUUCUGGUUUCCCUCGGCCUUUUUUGUAGGCCUAGGCCUAGCUACUGAUUAACAGUUAAGCUGAAUAUCAUCAUCAUUAUUAUGAUAAUUAUGUUUGGCUUGGAAACAGACAAAGAUAGAUUGACAAGUUUUUCUGUGGUCUAUCUACAUGGUCAUCAUGAUCUAUCGAAUGUUUGUUGUUGACCGUUGUUGUUCCCCAUCAUCAUGCCCAUAUAUUUCAGUGUUUCCACACAAUACAGUUGUCUAUUGUGUGGAAACACUGAAAUAUUGGGAACAACAACAAACAUUCGACAGGUCGAGAUGUUCAGCGCAGGUAUAGUAUGUGUGUGUACUUUAUUUGUGGCUUGGACAUGUUGGACCGCUUUUUCACCCCGUCAGGCCCGUGAAAUCAACUGCAACCUCUCCGAGCAUCUCCCGCCUCACCGAGUCAUGGCCAACAACCUCUCCGAGCAAAUCCAGCCACCAACCGAAGACCUCCUCACAACAAGGCCCUCGUAUUGACUGUUAAAUGCGGUUAAAUGUUUAUUUCUGUUCUGUAAAUUAACAAGUUAUAAAGUAUGCUUAAAAUAUCUCUCAUUUCAUGCAUUUCAGAACAAGGUAUUGAUGAAGAAGUUGCAGUUUUGUUGGACGACUCAACCCUGAGGGAGCUAGUGCCGAGGAUAGGAAUUCGUUUGAAACUAAAACAACUAAUCUCAUUACAUUUACAGGAUGCUACAUGCAUUAGUAGUGCACCUGAGCCCGUGGCCACACAAAUACAAUCACUAGAACGCCCCUCAAACUUGGACCUAGAACCAGAACCCGAAUCUGGACAUGCUGAUACCCAUACUCAAAGAAUUGGUAACAAUGAACAAGAAGGCUUAAAGAACUAUUUGAGGUCCACCUCAGAUGGAAGAGGAUUAUACGACAAAUUGCAUGACCUUGGAUUCGCCCCUCGUGGCAUGAGAGCCAAACUGGUCAGAUUUGCUGUGGGUUACCUUUUCGAGAAAAGUGGAAGAUAUCCAAAAAGUGAUGAGAAAAACCUUCUUGCAAUGGAAAUGAUAGAAGUAUUUCCAUUCUUGAAAAGUCCAAGAGGAAGUGGAUGCCAAGCCUUCUAUCAGCGGGCAAGAGAUACGAAACCAGCCAAAGGUUUUAUUCACGACAGAAUAAACAAUAUCCGUAAGCAGGAGGCAAAGACCAAGGGAAAGAAAACAAAAACGACAAUCAUCACUGAAGAUGAAGGCAUGACACUGACAGCCACUAUAAAUGAGCUGGAGGAUGAUGCAUCACCGAAAGAAGUGGAGCAGAUGACUGCAUGGCUACGGCACAACAUUGCUCCCAAGGAACGAGUGAGAGAAUGUAUGAAGAAGACCGCGAUCAGCCGGUACCGAGAGCUGUCGACCAACCUAGAGUUGACGAUAAAAUCCAUUCUAGAAUCUAAUCCCAGGUUGUUGGAUCCUGGUAUGAUUGAACAGGAUUAUGAUUGUCUAUUUAAAAAUGGUGACAAAUUAACCAAACUUUGGGAUGGCUUUUUUGGUAAACACAUCAUUGAAUAUGCUUCAGCUGGUAAGAGGGGCAAUUGGCGUGAGAAGUUAGGUGUCAAAGACGUCCUGAAUGAAGAUGAAGAAAGUGUGGUGGCCCUCCAACUGUUGCCACACAUACUGCCACCAAAGCCCAUCAAGUCCUCCAAUGUUGUACACAGACCAUCCAACUUGGAAGCAGCCAAUGCUUUUAUCAGGUUCAAACAGGCAACAACAAACAUACCAGCCUUCCUCGACACUGUAGAGGGAUCUGUCCAACCGUUCAUACUAGCUCUGGGGGAUCGCCAUAAUCCGUCUCAAUCAUUCGUAGUAGUUGAGCGCAAUGCAGUGGAGCAGCCAUCUCUGUUGAAAGCAGUUGACUGCUGCUUCAAGCUUUUCUUUGUUCUGGACAUCGCAUAUCCAGCAAGCUGUCACAUUGUUUGGGAGUUUCUGCAGGAUUUGGUUAACCAACUGCCAGUCAGAAAGGGGCAAACAGCCAUCAGCAAGAAUGUGAUGAGUUUAAGGAAUUACUUCAAUGUUGACUAGUGAAUGUGUUGUAAUGGCAUAAUUAACCCAGACUUCUAUGUGGGCCAAAUGCCAAGCUUAGAAAUGUGCAAAAUCAGCGAUAAAUUUAAAUAGGGGUUCAGCUGUGGUGUUGCCUUCCUGUGUGGAUUGCAUUGCCAAUGUCCUUGUUGUGGUUUGAUGAUGGCACCAUUGCAUAACUUGUCCAAAUACCCAUUUGUGAGGGGCUUUCAAGUGGGUGUACCCAUGUACAUGUACUUAAUCUGUACUCUCGAUCAGCAUGUAUUCAUUGUCGGUUAACCCUUUUCCUGCAAGUGAUUUACAACAACCCUAUCACAGGUGUUCAUUUGAAAGCUCAUUCUUGAAGCACAUUUGGAAUUUUGCUAGGUCCUAUUAUAUUACUGGUAACAAACAUGUUAUAAAAAAUAUUUGGCUUUGGGCCCAGAGUGUUACUUUUUGGUACUUUGGCAGUUUUCCAUCACAACAUGCAAUUUCUUUGAGGAAAUGUUAGUGGUUGCUUGGGAUAUGCAGUAUCUCAAAUCAGCUGUUUCUUAUGUGCAAUGUGUACUGCCUUGGAAUGUAUACUGGUAUGGCUCUGACUUUGGCUAUUAUAGGAAUCCUGUUGUUACGAGUUGUCUUAUGAUUACCUUGUGAUGGCAUUAAUGCUAAGGACUGUACACACAAUCGUUUUGUUUCAAUUUGAAUUUGAAUUUGCUUUUGCACUACCGGUACAUGCAAAAAAAAUUCAUAAGUGAUGACAUUCAGAGGCAUUUAGGUCCUGAUUUCGAAGUUGGUUUUGAGGUUUAUUUUAGUUUUAUACGUUUUCAGCAAUCCUGAAAAUGCAUAAUUUCUGUAAACAAGGUUGGUUACCCCUGAAAUUAUUAAGUCUUAUGCUUGGGUGAACCUUGUUGUUGCCUUAAAGUGCCCCGUUGAUGCAAAAAAUGCUAUAAAACUUCCCAAGAUGAACGCUAACACCAACUUUGAAAACAUUCAUUUUACCUAUAUUUACCAAGGCAGAUAUGGAAAGAACAGUUAAUUCGCUUUGUUUAGUACAAGGUGGUUUUUGUGAUAUAAAUCUUUUUAAAAAUUAUUUGAAUUGUUAUACCAUGAAGCAAAUACUUGAAACUGACAGGUAGCCAAUGAAUUUCUAGAGAGCAUGGAGCGCAACUUGUUUAUACUUAUGUAUACAUUGUUAUCAAUUGCUUUUAUUACAGUGAUAUGGGGGGGGGGGGGGGGGGGGGCCUGUUAUA